AUGUCGGCAUCCGUAGCAGCACCACGAGACGAUUCGGCAGCGCUCAUGCCACCACCAUCCUCCUCAGCCCCCCUCACACCCCCUACCACGGUAGAACCAACCCCACACGACGAUGCCCGGCUGACCGACGACGACAUCGACUCUCUCAUCGCCUCGCUCUCCCCGACCUCCGAACUGGACCAUCUCCGAUCUAUCGAAAAGACCAUCCGGGAAACCCAAAUUCGACGUCGCAAAGAGACCGAAGAGCACACUGCCAAGAUUCACGCCCUUCAAUCCGCCCUCGCGGACCUGCGCAAGCAGUCCACACGACAAGCCGCGGAGUGGAGAUCUCUCGCCUCGCACGCCGAAACCAUCGAAAAGCUCGACAACAGGAACUUCGAUCUGGCCAAAAAAAUCAACGAACAGGAGAGCGUGCUCAGCGGCAUGCAGAAUCAAGUGAUCGAGUUGAAGAGACUGUCGGAGGAGUUGGAAGAGGUGGAUGUGGAAGAUGAGACCGAGAUGGAUCGUGAUGCGUUGUGCUUGAGAAUCUUCCGAAGUCUAGGAUUCCUCCCGUCGAAAACCCAAGAUUCCGCCUCCGCAGAAUGGUCCAGCAUCCUCGUCCGCAGCGACACCAGAAACACAGCCAUCCAGUUCGACAUCGCUACAAGUCAUCUCAAGCAGAACGAGAUCUCUCCCCUCAUCCUUGCCGAUCAACUUUGGAAAGCGGCAGAGUGA